AACGCAGCCACCAACCAAUUCAUCGGUCAAACAAGCACUCGCACCAACCCACCUCCACUUCACCUUCACUCCACCUUCACACUCGCACUAGGUGGGCGCGUUGCGGCCAUGUUUGGACGUGGGUUCCUGGACGACGAUGACACCCAGGCCACCUUUGGCCUUGGGUUCACCUCUCGCUUCGGUGGCCUCUCCGGCUACGACAUGGAGGACGACGUUGUGGAUGCAAACAUGAGCGCGUAUUCUGCCUACGGUGAAUCGGACGUCAUCAUUGAGGAGCCCAUCUUCUCCAAGAAACGCCUCGGCUUCAAGUUGCCGCCUUCAACAAGCAUCCAGCAGGUCAUCUGUGCUGGCGGCUCUGCAUUUGUCGUCCUUUCCAACUCCACCAUCGUCCGUCGAGCACUCAGCGGUGCAGAAGCAGAUGAGGAAAUCCACCCCAUUCCGCGCAAGCGGGAGGGCCAGUGUACGGUGGAGCGCGUCUUCAUCGAUCCAACAGCAACACACAUGAUCACCUGUACUGUGUGCUCCGAUGGGCACGAGUGCUUCUACAUUCACCUCGCCUCGCCAAAGCUGGCACCAUACACGCUUCACGCUGUCAAGCGCCGCAAGAUCACGGCUGUUGCCUGGAAUCCGCUCGCACAGCGCGGCGACCCUGCCACACAGCCAAUUCUGCUUGGGGAUGCGCAAGGGAGCGUGUUUGAGAUGACCGUCAACCACAACGACCACCACGCGCAGCAGAUCUUCAGUGUGUCGGAUGCGCCAGGCGGGAUCAUCGGUAUCCAUCUCGAUGUGCAGCGCAGCUCGAAGCUCGGCAGCCGCUUCUACAUCAUCCUCGCAUGCGCACACCGGUUCCUGCAGUACAUGGGACCGCCGGGUCCAGAGGGGCAGCGCUUCGAGAACAUCCUCAAACGCCACGAGCUCUCCAGCGGGGGCCAGGAGGCGCCGGUGCUGCCGCGGUCGCAGCUGUCCAUCUACCAGCGGUUUCCGUCCACCGCAGAGGCCAUGGCUUGGAUGACCCCGCUUGGGGCAUACAGCGGACACUUUGACUUUGCAAAUGCGCUGCGAGACGAGAGCACAGCCAUCCCCUCCUUCAACGUCAUCCCGUACAACCCGGCCACAGACCGCGUCGGAGACGAGGCCGACGUGCCGGAAUCGCUCGUGUUGACGGAGUUCCAUCUCCUCCUUCUCUAUCCCCACCAGAUCCGCGCCAUCUGCACCGUCAACAACAAGCAGGUGAUGGACGAGCGGAUGCCAACCGCUGCCGGCCGCUUCCAGGGCAUUGUCCGCGACCCGACAUCCGAGGACGUGCUGUGCUACUCCGAGAAGACCAUCUACCGCAUCGACACGGCGAACGAGACGCGGGACCUGUGGCGACUCAUGAUGGACAAGGGCAACUUCGAUGCCGCCCUGGACUACUGCACCUCAGACGAUGAACGCAACGAGGUGCAUGCCGCGCAAGCGGCGUAUCUGUUUGACAACCAAGAGUUUGGCCGCGCGGCCCGUGCGUAUUCGAAGACAGACGUCGCCUUUGAGACAAUCGCCCUCAAGUUCCUUGAUAAGCAAGAGGAGGGCCCUCUGCGCACGUUUCUGGAGGAGAAGCUUCAUCGCCUUUCGCGUGGAGACAUUACGCAACGCGCCCUCCUCACCACAUGGCUCGUCGAACUCUUUCUCAACGCUCUCGACAAGGCAGAGACUGCGGAGAAUUCUGCAACAUAUGAGCGUACCAUGGAGGAGUUCAAGUCGUUUCUGGAAGCCGAUGCCAGCCGACGUGUGCUGCACCGCGAAACGGUGUUUGAUCUGAUUUCGUCGCACGGGAACGUGGAUGUGUUGCUGUUCUUUGCGCAGCUGCACAGCCAGCACGACGUUGUUGUUCAGCACUACAUCCAAAUGGGCCAGGCCGACAAGGCACUCGAUGUCCUCAAACAAGUGGGCAAUGAGAAACCGCAGCUGAUCUAUCAGUUUGCCGCGGAAUUGAUUCAGGCGAAACCACACGAGCUCAUCAGCCUUUGCAGCCACAUGCAUCUGUACGAGGAGGCGGUGGAGAUGGCUCUGACUGUGGACCUUGACAUGGCCGUUGAACAAGUCAGGCGCGCAAAGGACGACAUCGACUUUAUUGACCAAGCGCGGGAGAAGCAGUUGUGGCUGCGCAUUGCAAAUCACGUCAUCAAAGUCAAGAAUGACAUCCCAAUGGCCAUGGAUCUUCUCAAGCAAAGCGUGUUGAAGAUUGAAGACAUUCUUCCACUCUUUGACGACUUUAAGAUCAUCGACCCGUUCCAGCGCAACAUCCAACGGAGCCUUGAGAGCUACAACAAAGAGAUACAGCAGCUGCGUGAGAGUAUGGAGCAGAGCACCACCAGUGCACGGGCGAUCCGGGCCGACAUCCUCCAGCUCAACAAGAGGGUGGAGCGGGUGCACGGCGACAUGAUGUGCGACGUGUGCGAAUACCCGCUGCUCACGCGCGCAUUCUACCUCUUCCCCUGCCACCACGCCUUCCACAAGGAUUGCCUCAUGCGUGAGGUGGUCAAGUACCUGCCGCCAUCGCAGUGUCGCCGCGUCAACACCAUCAGGCAGGACCUGCGCGACCUCCCGCCAACCGCCGCCGGCGCCCGGCGCGCCCUCGCCCUCAAUGCAAAGUUGGAUGAGAUUGCGGGGCAGGACUGCAUCGUGUGCGGCGAAAUUGCCAUUGAGAUGAUCGAGAAGCCAUUCAUCCCCAAGGACCAGCUUGAGGCGUACAUUGAGUCGUGGUCCACCGGGGGUGUGGAUCUUGGGCCCUCUGCCGACGAUGAGGAGUUUGGAAUCGACAGAGAGGCGCCAAUCAUGGACUCAUUCACGUGA